AGAACACCUCAUUAUUCCCUGAUAUAACGCCGAGGGAGAUCGAUGUCGGGGAAGAAGCCUACGAUGGAAGAAGUGCAAAGCUCCAGUGAGUUCCCAUGGUCGAAUACGACGCUAACACCGGCGACAUCGGUGUUGAUCGCCCUCUUCGCCGCACUGGUUCGCUUCCUCGUCUCGCUCGGGCCGUACUCUGGCAGGGACACACCGCCCAUGUACGGAGAUUACGAAGCGCAGCGCCACUGGAUGGAGAUAACACUCCAUACGCCGGUGGUGGAGUGGUAUCGCAAUACAAGCGCCAACAACCUUUCUUAUUGGGGUCUCGAUUACCCCCCGCUCACCGCGUAUCAGAGCCUCGCUCACGCCUUUCUCCUAAAUUCCUCAAUUCCCGAGUCCCUAGCCCUAAUUACCUCACGCGGAUUUGAAUCACAUGGAUCGAAACUUCUGAUGAGGUGGACGGUGCUUGUUUCGGAUUUUCUUUUGUUCUUCCCGGCUGCUGUUUGUUUUGCAGUGGUUUACUUCAGGAGAUUUGGUGGGAGCGGGCGAGAAAGGUCUGCGCCAUGGUUGUUGGCUAUGAUUUUACUUAAUCCAUGCUUGAUACUCAUCGACCAUGGACAUUUUCAGUAUAAUUGUAUUAGCCUGGGACUUACGCUUGGGGCAAUUGCUGCUAUCCUUUUAAGGCACGAGUUUGUUGCUUCAGUACUUUUCAGUCUUGCAAUCAACCACAAGCAGAUGAGCAUGUACUAUGCACCUGCAUUUUUCAGUUAUCUUCUAGGGAAGUGCUUGAAGAGGCAGAAUUGGGUACUUGAGGUCGGGAAACUGGGCAUUGUGGUUAUUGGAACAUUUAUGUUCAUCUGGUGGCCUUAUCUUUAUUCCAUGGAAGCUGCAAAAGAGGUUCUUUAUCGAUUAGCUCCAUUUGAGAGAGGCAUAUACGAGGACUAUGUCGCAAAUUUUUGGUGCAGCACAUCAGUUAUUAUAAAAUGGAAGAAACUGUUUUCCAUAGGUUUCUUGAAGUUUCUUUGCAUCUGCACUACAUUUUUUGCUUUUCUUCCUUCUUGCUACCAGCAAAUAAAGGCACCAAGUGAUCGUGGUUUUCUUUAUGGCCUUCUAAAUAGUUCAUUUGCCUUUUAUCUAUUCUCUUACCAAGUGCAUGAGAAGUCGAUCCUGAUGCCCCUUUUACCUGCGAGUCUUCUAGCACAACAAGAACCAUUUCUUUUUGGGCAGUUGGUGUACUGUGGCCUUCUUUCCAUGUUUCCUCUUCUACUUCGGGAUAAUUUGAUCCUGCAAUAUACUGUUCUUUUUGCCCUUUUUGGACUUAUCUUCUAUCAGAAUGGAAGGCAUGCAUGGGAAAAAAUUCCUCUUAGAAGGAGGUUCCUAUUAGUUUUGCCUGUAGUGUUAUCACUUCUGCUUCACUUAAUUUAUUUAACAUUAAGGCCUCCUAAGAAGUAUCCUUUUCUCUAUGAGGCCUUGAUUAUGCUCUUUUGCUUUUCUCAGUUUAUGUGCUUUACAAUUUGGACAAAUAUUCAACAAUGUUCUUUUCUGGAUAUUUUUCAUUGGACAAAAGCAAAGAAAAAGGAUGUGUGAUCCUGAUUUGAAGCCAUGCUCAUGGUAGCAUUAGCUUCCUUUUUGUCCUCCUUUUUUAAGGGGAAAAAAAGUUUGUGUAACUUAUUUGAUCCUCAAUAAAUUUAUUGGCAACUUUUCUUUGAUAUGUCAUUCAUGAUUAUAUGAACUUUCCUAAA